AAUCGUAUCACUCAUCAGUAUACUUCUUCUUCAUCUUCUUGUUCUUUCACCUUAACCUACACCCCGCUCUGUCUUAACCUACACCGCAACAUGGAUCUUCUCCUUUUGGAGAAAGCUCUAUUAGGGCUUUUCGUUGCAAUAAUUGUAGCGAUUACUGUCUCAAAAUUGAGAGGAAAGAAAUUCAAACUCCCACCAGGUCCAUUCCCAGUUCCUGUUUUUGGUAAUUGGCUUCAAGUCGGUGAUGAUUUGAACCAUAGAAAUCUCACAGAUUUAGCUAAGAAAUAUGGAAACAUGUUCUUAUUGAGAAUGGGUCAAAGAAAUCUAGUAACAGUCUCAUCACCUGAAUUAGCAAGAGAAGUAUUGUUUACACAAGGUGUUGAAUUUGGAUCAAGAACAAGAAAUGUUGUUUUUGAUAUAUUUACAGGUAAAGGUCAGGACAUGGUUUUCACUGUUUACGGUGAACACUGGAGAAAAAUGAGAAGAAUUAUGACAGUGCCGUUUUUCACCAACAAAGUUGUUCAACAAAAUAGACAUGGCUGGGAAAUGGAAAUUGGUGCAGUUGUUGAAGAUGUCAGAAAUAAUCCUGAAGCAAGUACUAAAGGGACUAUUAUUAGAAGAAGAUUACAAUUGAUGAUGUACAAUAACAUGUACAGAAUGAUGUUUGACAGAAGGUUUGAAAGCGAAGAAGAUCCUUUAUUCUUGAAACUUAGAGUUUUGAAUGGUGAAAGAAGUAGAUUGGCUCAAAGUUUUGAAUACAAUUAUGGUGAUUUCAUUCCUAUUUUGAGACCAUUUCUGGGUAAAUAUUUGAAGAAAUGUCAGGAAACUAAGGAUAAGAGAAUUAAGCUCUUCAAAGAUUAUUUCCUUGAUGAAAGAAAGAAACUUACAAGCACAAAGGGAAGCGAUGGAUUGAAAUGCGCCAUCGAUCACAUAGUUGAAGCAGAGCAAAAGGGUGAAAUCAACGAAGAUAAUGUGCUUUACAUCGUCGAAAACAUCAAUGUUGCUGCCAUUGAGACCACAUUGUGGUCAAUUGAAUGGGGAAUUGCUGAACUCGUAAACCAUCCCGAGAUCCAACAGAAGCUAAGAAAGGAGCUUGACGAUGCACUUGGAUCCCAACAGAUCACUGAGCCAGACACCUACAAACUCCCUUACCUCAAUGCUGUCAUCAAAGAAACUCUUCGACUUAGAAUGGCAAUUCCAUUGUUGGUACCACACAUGAACCUUCACGAUGCUAAGCUCAACGGAUUUGAUAUCCCAGCUGAAAGCAAAAUUCUAGUAAACGCUUGGUGGCUCGCAAACAACCCCGAACAUUGGAAGAAGCCAGAAGAGUUCCGUCCCGAAAGAUUCCUUGAAGAAGAAUCAAAUGUUGAAGCCAAUGGAAAUGAUUUCCGGUUCCUUCCAUUCGGUGCUGGACGAAGAAGCUGCCCUGGAAUUAUUCUUGCAAUGCCAAUUCUUGGUAUUACACUUGGGCGUUUGGUGCAGAAUUUUGAACUUUUACCACCACCAGGACAGAAGCAAAUCGAUACUACUGAGAGGGCUGGUCAGUUCAGUAUGAAUAUACUCAAUCACUCCAACAUUGUUGCAAAACCAAGAGUGCUUUGAAGAUUCAGAGGCAGAAGAUAAUAUGGUUCCAUAAAAACUUGACAAAUUUUCGUCCUUACUUUAUUUUUUCGUUUAUUUGAAACCCUUUUAAGUUAUGUUUGUUUCCGUUAGUUUGAUUUUGGGUGGGCGGGGUGGAAGGAAAGUAUAAGGGUAAUCUGGGAUCUGAAAUAAGGCAAAAUGUUUAUUUUCUUUUCUUUUUUCUAUGUGAUUAUUAUAAACCUAGCGUUUUUAGGGACCACUCAAAAGGAAUUAGGGGCCACCUUUUUAUUCCCAUCCAUUGAAGGAGGUUAAGGGAUGUCUUAAAAAUAAAAAAUUGUCUAUAUUGUCCUU